UUGGAGACUUGUGGCAUCAAUCCUCCAAUCCCAAGCCUUGGGAUUUUGGGGUUCCAAAGAAUAUGCCAGGGAACUACUCCAUGCUUUGAUUUCGUUACCUCAGUUCAUCCUAACACGCUUAGUAUAUGCUCCCAAAUAUUCCCCCCCUUCCUCAGCUUAUAAUCAUCUGCUCUUCUUGGUGGUUCAGAUACCUGCACACAGCAAUAUGCUUGAUUCAUCUGCCAAGCUGAGAUCAAUUCAGUUUUAGGAGACAUGAAGUUUGGCAAAAGGCUGAAGGAGCAGAUAGAGGAGACUCUCCCAGCAUGGAGGGGCGAGUUCUUGUCCUACAAGGACCUUAAGCAGCUGGUGAAGCUCAUCCCGGAAGCCCAGCCUUGCUCCAAGGUCGAGGCUGAGUUCAUCGAUCUGCUGAAUUUCGAGAUCGACAAGCUCAAUGCCUUCUUUGUUGGGCGGGAGGAGGAAUUCAUCAUCAGGCAAAGGCAUUUGCAGGAGAUGAUCAAGAGGGUGGCUGAGAUGUAUCAGGCAAGAGGAAGAGAGGAAGAGUAUGCAAAGGAGAUGUCAAGGAUUAGGAAGGAGAUUGUGAACUUACAUGGGGAAAUGGUGCUGCUGGAGAACUACAGCAGCAUCAACUACAUAGGGCUAGCCAAGAUCUUGAAGAAAUACGACAAGCGCAGUGGGCGCCUCCUGCGACUACUCUUCAUCGAAAAGAUCCUGAAGCAACCUUUCUUCACAACAGAUCUCAUCUCGAAGCUAGUCAAGGAAUGUGAAAGCAUGAUAGAUUUAGUAUUCCCUUCCAAGUCCGAUCAUCAGCAAUUGAAACCAGAAGACAAAAGGAAAUUAGUAGGAGAAGAGCAGAGCAUAUUUAGGAGCACAGUUGUUGCUUUGGUGACAAUGCAGGAGAUGAGGAAAGGGAGCUCCACUUAUGGACAAUUCUCAUUGCCUCCUUUGAGCUUACCUGAUAAUCUACUGCAAUCCUUGCAGCCUACUCCCAUUCCUAUUCCCUGAUUCAUUAGUUUUCUUUACUCAAUACCAUCCUCAUAUGCUUGAGAAUAUACAUGCAAUAAUAUUCUGCUUUUGUUAAUUACCAGGAUGAAGUCAUGAUAUGAGAUUAGAAACUGAGAGACUCAGCAUAUAAAUAUUGGUUUGUUUUGGAAAAACUUCGGUCUUUCAAUGUCUCAGUAUAAGAUACAUGGGCUUGUUUUAUGUUUCAAGAAUUCAAUGGCUAAGCUUCAAGAUUUAUCUCUUUA